AUGUACAGAGAUGGUCCGUAUCUCUCCAGCAGUAACCUCUACUAUUACUUCGACGGUAGUACGAGUUCAAGUGCGCCCACACAUGAUCCAUGUGGCAGAAAUCAGGCGAAUCAAGUAAAAGGUGUGGUUAAUCAACAUGGCAAUAUUUUUGUACGAUGAAAAAUUUCUCAAGCGCUUGUUGGAUAUUGGGGAGGAACUGAAAUAAAAUCAUUAAAUGCUAAAUAAGCUCUCUAAGGUAUUGUAAACAACUCAAGCAGCAAAAAAUUAAUUUUAACAUACACGCUGGAAACUAUACUGUUGGGGCAGCAGAGGGUAGCAGAAUAUUGCAAAUAAAUAGCCAAUAAAUGUCGGUUCCUUAUAUUUCAAUUGUUUUAUUCAUUGUUCAACGUUAUAUUAUGUUCAUUUAACUAUCGUCAGCCAAUUAAACCAUCUACUUUCAGUCGCAGAUUUUUUCCACCGUAAAUUAUUUCCCUUCAAGUUAUUUCCCUUGGCCGAGUUUUUCUCGUUAUAGUACCGUUAAACCUAGUGAAAGUGACCACGGAAAAGAGGAAUGCAAGAGAGUACUGAAAUAUAAUGAUCCUUUCUAAGAAAGAUUAAUUUAUUUAAACGUCCACAGAAAAUUCGCUACCAAUUCGCUAACUUCCUUGAAAUUCAAUUUACGAUCAGGUGACCUGUCACGUGACUAUAAUUGCAUCAAAGGCAUAAGAUUACCUCAAAAGUUUUACUCGAGUGAAAGAUUUGUUUGUACUCUAGAUAUCCUUGAGAGACCUAUUACCAAUCGAUCAUAUUUUCCGAGCACAACUUUCGUACCAGGCGAGUGCGGAAAUAAUUUGCCACUCCAUAAAUAAACAAGAAUCACUAUCUAGGUACGCGUGGAUUUGAGAUCGUUUGGGUAAGCGAAAUAAGUAAUGAUUGCAUCAUACUCUUGUUUUUUGGCCGUCUUAGCUUAAACGCAUUUCUGGAAAGAAAUAAAACUUUAACUUGACGUUUCGUUUGUUCCAACAUACAUCUUCAAAAGUAUGAAUCGUUGAAUAAUGAAUUCCUGUUAUUAUUCAAAUACUUCUUCAGAAGUUAAAUGUUGGAACAUUAUGAAACGUCAAGUUAACGUUUUAUUUCUUUCCAAACAUGCGGUUAUAUUUCCUUAUGUUUAUCACCGCUGUUUGCUUUUUGUUUCUUCCUAAUGAUUGCAUGGUUAAUGGUUGACUUUCAAUACCAUCGACCAAUCAUAACUAACACGUGUCCGCACAAAUGAUCCCAGGAAUCAUUGCUUCAAAAGCACACUAUCCCUGUAGUUUAUGAAUAGACAAAUGUGAUUUUCGGAAAAUAUUCUGAAUAAUUUCUAGUUCAAAAUUUCAUAAUUCAUUUACACCGCGUGAUAUUUAUUUAUGACAUUCCUACGAAGUACAUAAAGAAAAUGUAUCUCAAACAUUAGUAUUUCUCUCGGAUAAUAGCGACUUAUUGCCCGAGUUUUGGAUACAGUUUCGGGAAUCUCUACCAAUUCUAAACUCUUUAACGAAAAAUGAAUCUCCAUUCGACUUUAAUGGGAUUCUUUUGGGGUGGGGUAAGGUGUUUGCUUGUUUUUGAAAAAAAAAUGGAUCUUGGAACGAAGCAGGGGCGAAAAGACAGGCUAUUUUUUUGCGCCAACACUUAAACCCAUAAGCGGAUAAAGGUUGGGCGGUAUAACGAGCGCGCCCGAGCGACCGCCCGAGCAAAAAGCUGUGAUGCAGUGGACUGGGAUCAAAUUGUGGACUACAGAUCAAAGAGAGGGCAUAGUUGGGAAUACAUACAUACCAACAUGCAUGCUUUAUUUGGUAAAGCAGGUUGAGAGAUGGCAGCAUAAGCUGAUGUGGACCUGCUAGACUAAAUUACAUAAUAAUCAAAAAUUACCAAACAUACUAACUAUACAAAGAAAUGUCAAAAUAUUACAAUACAUACUAUCCAAACUAGAGGAAAAAGAAUUUCAGCUACGAGGAUACAAAAGAGUGCGACAUGCAUAAAUUAACAAAAUAAUUUGUAGAAAGGGUAAUCUAAAAGUCAACAAAGUCAUAUCAGUGUUCGUGUAUGUAAUAGUGGAACUGGUCUCAAAAGAUAUUCCAUCAAUAGAUUAAGAGUGUUUUGCAAUAUUUCCCUCAAAAGAUGCAAGAGAAGGUGAUGACUUGAUCUUUACAGCUAGAGCAUUCCAUAUGAUGCUGGCUUGAUGAGUGAAAGAGUCACUGAGUCCUUUCCAGUAAGAAUGGGUUAAGAGAGGUUGUCCCUUAAAUUGUAUUUAGUCACAUGCUUAGUGAAGAGAUUUGUAAUACCAGGUGGUGCUAAGUUAUAGUAAGUUUGAUAACCAAUUCACGGUAGUCUUUUCUUGUUAAGAUAUGAUAAGGAGUACCAUUUAGCUUUAGUUAUAAAUGCAAACUAUACAUUCAAAUAUUACAAAUGAAAAAUACAUAGAUGCAUUUUAGUAGGGACGUUAAGAUCCGACAAGGGCGACGGCAACGAGAGCUUAAAACUGACGCAAUAGCUUUAAUAAGCAAAACAACAGCUCUGCAAGUGCAGCAUUUCCUUCCUGUCAAGACGUGAAAGUUCCUAAAUUGCGCGUUAACAAGCGACCACUAAAUCGUCUUUUUCAUUCUGAAUUUGGAUAUGGUUCUGAGGAAUUCAAUUUCAGGGGCGUUCGCCUAGAUUUGGCAAAGCGGGCCCGCAGUUCAAACGUCGACCUUUCCAUAUACCGCUCUUAACAGCAAUUUUUGUCGACCCAAAUGACAUGAGGCCAGGCCUAGUCCAAACGUGGAACUUUUCAUAAAAAGAACCAAACUUAGUGAGUUAACUUCAUGAAAAGUUUGACUUCUGCCUCAGGUAAGUUCAUCUGAAUUAGUUUGGAUCGUCCAACACGUUCUAUCCGUCUGCUUUAGACGGAGAGAACGUCUGAAGAUCGUCUCAGGGACAAACGCCUAUCUUUACAUGUGACGAACCAAACUAAUAAAUAAAGAUUUGUGUGACAAUUUAUAUUUAGGAAGGAAAUUUAUUAAAAAUUGCUUGUUUGGUCUGAUUCAGUUGAUUGGUUCGACGUGUCCUGAGGUCGACAUCCGAUCUUAAUUUAAGUAGACCCGAAUUAGAGUUUGGUUCGUCUUAUGAAAAGUUCGACGUUUGGCUUAAGCCUUAGUCGGACUCAAUUUAUUUUCAUAAUGUACAAUACUCUACAAUGUUUACCAGGGGAAGUAAAUUAUGGCUAUUUAUACAUUAGGUUAGGCACAUGAAAAGUCCAACGUUUGAAACGAAGUCGCUCCACAGUUAAAAUUUCUAUGUGGGCUAUUGGAACGUAAUUCAUGGGUUGGCCAAAAUUAGAUAUGUUGGACUUAACUGGUUCAAACUUCGAUCUUUUAAUGUACUAAUUGAAGGGGUUAGGUUGCGUACGUGAAAAGUUCGACGUUUGAACUGCGCCUGAGUUGGAAUUAUCGGGCUGAAGAUUGAAAGAAUGCCGCAAAUUCACUUGAAGCUACGUUUUUGCCGCCGGCGCCGUCCUCGGAUCUCAAGGUCCCUACUAGUAAAGCUGGAAGCAAAUCAGUGUCAAAAUAUUAAAAAAGAAAUAUUUAUUUUGUCUCCCAAAGUUUAGAUAAAUAUAUUUGCAAGAAUUUGAACUAUAAAGAUCACGUUGAGUUUAAUAAAUUUUUCCCCUCAAAAGAAUCAAUUUAGAGCUAAAUUUUGUAUAAAAAGAGGAAAAAGCUAUAAUUUAUAUUAUCUUUGCCGUCAAAAGGUCAAUUAGUUAUAUAUUUGGAAUAAAAAUAAAUUCAAUAAAGAAUGAUGAAAUAUUGACUUUUUUAGUUUCAAUGUUUGCUCAAAAGGGUUUUCUUAAUAUGUAAAUAUCCCAGCUUCAAAAACGAAACAUCAGAAGGCAAAGCUUUGUAAGCCUUUCUGAUUGAUUUAACUUACACUCCUUUUUGAACGGCAGUAGUGUUUCCAAGUGUCCCGGGCGGGAAGCGAUGCCUGUGUUGUGGUGCUAUUCAUUGGUGCUUUCAUUUACCUUUGAGAGAAUCUGUUUUGUUAUUCAAAAUUGCCAUACGCGUCAGAGUAAAAUUCACGAAAUUUUUUGUCUCGUUAGGAGGCCAAGCAAGCCUGCGUAGAAGGGGCCUGUUUUUUUCAAGUGAGAAGGAAGAAAUAUUAAGGUUAACCAGCGCCUACCGCUAAGGCCGAGCUUGGUCAAACGCAUUUCAACUCGGUAGUCACUAGCAAUUGUUUUUCUCGAUAGCCCAGAGUUCAAAUCCUCGGCCAUACUUAAAAUCGACUCUUCUGCCUGCGGCCAGUAGCGAUUUUUCUUUGUUGUUAAAUUUAGAAUGCAGGUAUUCGGUUUUUAUCCUUCAGUAUCUUGUGGGCCUCGAUAUAAAUUAUCGGGUCACCAAUAAUAGCGCCACCCCUUUGAAGAUUUUGUCUGUUUAUUCAUAAACGAGACUGACGAAAGAUUUACGUAUUCGAGCAAUAUGUUUCUAUGCUUCGCACAUAAUGUAGCCAGAUUGCUAAAUGAUGCACUUUAUUUGAGUGCAAAUGUGUUUAGCGCGAGAGUUUGCAGCCGUUUGCAGGGCAAGGCGCUACCUUCAUUCCCAGUUGUUUUAAGAUUCCGAGUAUUGUUCUGGCCCCUUUGGAUCGUACCACCGACUGAGUUAGUCCUGCUAAACAUGAAGCUUAAACGAGUAGGUUUGUUCUGUUUUUUUUUUUUUCUAGCAAAACAUUGGUAAGGGAAGGAACCCUCUCUAAAAUAUUUCACAAAGAGAGUAAUCCAUCAGCCAAUAUAAACUAUCUUAAUUUCCAUCCGCGAUAAUCCUUCAAAAAUCAACUUAACUAGGAAAAUAUAACUUUUCGUAAUUAGCGCCGUCAGUCCGAGUGAAGACUAGGCUGAGGUAUUGAUAAGACACGCGCAAGGGUUCAAAAUAAAGGCCGCAAGUAAAAAAUCUUGUUACCGUAAUGUGGCAUAUUUUAUUCAGGUUUUGUCUGACCUCGUGGUAAGCAAUUUAUAGACUGAAGCUGCUUCAUAUCAACAUCAUUUCAACUGGUUAAUCGUAAGACAUUUAUCGCAUUCCUGUGAAGCAAUUCAAAACGAUGUUUCGUUUUACGCUGUGCUUGUUUCUCGUCAGUGUCUUUUCUUCAGCAACAAGGUAACAGUAUUUCUAAUUUAUGCCUGAUUUGAACAUAGCACGAGAACGUGAAAUUGAACAAAAAUCUCUUCACUUUCUUGAUGAGAGGCAGGUUGUCGCUAGUUUGCUUUCAUUUUACCUUUCUCACACGAAGAUUUUUCACCCUGUGAAACAAAUUUCAAAAUUUCAUACACUUUAAUUUGUCUUUUGUUCGCAGUUACAUGACGGUGCUGUUUUAGACUUCGUCUGUUCCUGUGUUUUCGCUUUAAUGCAAAAUUGAUACAGCAAGUUUCCAAGACAUUUAUAAACACAGACUUUCGAUUAAAAUAAAACAAAAGAGCUAAAAAGGCUUCUAUAAGAGUUGACAUUGACCGAAAAUUAAUACAAACUUAAUGAUUUUUAUCUCUAGUUGGAAUGAGCUAUGAUGACUCUUUUCCAUGCAUUUCAAGGCCUCUAGGAAAAGCCUUUCGGGCGGCUUUCGAAACACUUCUGAUUACUUAGCUAAGAACCUUGAUCUCGCACAAACAGCUUUCAGGAGCCUCAAACAAUGAAAUUUCGGUAAAAGACAGUAAAGAGAUCAUUGAGUUACACUUCUACAGCUUUUUGAAGUAUCAGUAAAUUAAUUUGCAAUCACAUUUCAGAUUCCGCACAAACUCUGACACUAACGCGUUAUAAACUUUAUUUACGUAGGGCUCUGGAUAAGAAUAUCAGAUAUAAAGUGAUAGAGAUGGACCCAAAGGGAAAUCUUUACCUUCACAAGACUGCGUUUCUCUGCAAGGAUGAUAUAAUCAAACGACUCGUUAGCGGCAAAUACCAUCUGGUAGAAUCGAGCCCCAUAGGUAAGUCACUCGAUGUUUCCCACAUAGGAAACCAGCAAAGGGCUUUAUAUGUAUACUGUGAUGAGUCGUAUGCUGUAAUGCUUCCAAACUUGUACCGAAUUAGAACUGAAUUAGCUUAUUCUUGAACUGCUAAAAUGUUCGAAAAGAAAGAGAAUUCUUCACCACAUUUUUUUUUCUAAUAAUAACUGAAAGAGAGUGCUGGUACUGUCCUAACUUGAGAAAACUCAAUUUGCUUAGAAUGCUCGUUUUUGUUAUGAACGCAGGUCUGUCAAAAGAUUCUUCAGCGCUCAAUUGCAAGGAUCUCAAAACAAAAGUGCCUUCUGCCACGUCAGGUGUCUACUGGAUUGACCCGGAUGCUGGUUCCCAUAGCAACGCUUUCCAAGCCUAUUGCGACCAACAGACGGACGGAGGAGGUUGGACUUUGGUCUGGAGUUAUACCUUCACAGCUUAUUCAAGCUUCACGUCUUAUGCAAACGCUGUCACUCCACGGCCUACAUGGACAGCUAGGACUGCUAACACACGAGUGUCCACCACAGUUCCACUGAGCGAGACGCAUUAUGAAGCCGUGAGCUUUGCUUUGUGGCGCACAAUUGGAAAAGAAUUCCUUAUCAAGAGUAACAUCAACAACUGGAUCGCUUGCAAGGAAGGUUCUGGAAGCCUCGUGAUGCAGAAAUCGGGGUCCCUCAGCUGUAAACUGGUCAAACAAGUUUCAAAGCAGUGUACCGGUGUAGUGCCAAAGUCCAUCACGAUGCACCAUCGCGGUCCUUAUCUUUCCAUCGGUGGCAUCUUCUACCAUUUCGACAGUCAUACGAGAGGAAGUUGGCCCACACAUGAUCCAUGUGGCAAAGGUCAAGCGAAUCAAGUAAAAGGCGUGGUUAAUCCACACAGUAAUAUUUUUGUUAGAUGA